AGGGUCUAAUGCUGUACAGAUUUGUCCUAAUUCCUCUCCCAGGCUAGAGAGACUGGCACUCCCUGAGCUGGGCGUUUCAGACGUUCAUGUAAAGAUGCUGGCAGCGCCGGUGAACCCGUCAGAUAUAAACAUGGUGCAAGGUACCUAUGCUAUCCUACCAGAGCUCCCGGCAGUGGGAGGCAACGAGGGGGUGGGGCAGGUGCUUGAAGUGGGCAGUCAGGUGACCUCGUUGAGAGCUGGUGAUUGGGUGAUUCCGCAAGAUGCUGGACUUGGCACGUGGAGGACGGAGGCAGUGCUGAAUGAGGGGACUCUGGCUGCGGUCCCCAGUGGCGUCCCCCUGCUGUGUGCGGCCUCGCUGAGCGUGAAUCCCUGCACUGCCUUCAGGAUGCUGUCCGACUUUGAGAUCCUGCAGCCAGGGGACUGUGUGAUCCAGAACGCAGCUAACAGUGGAGUGGGGCAGGCUGUCAUUCAGAUUGCAGCCACCAGGGGGAUCCAUACCAUCAAUAUCGUCAGAGACAGACCGGACCUUCAUAAGCUGACCGAGCGGCUGAAGUCCCUGGGUGCAGAUCACGUGAUUACUGAAGACACGCUGAGGAAGCCUGAAAUGAAGGAGCUGUUCAAGAAAGUGCCUCGGCCCAGACUGGCCCUGAAUUGUGUGGGAGGGAAGAGUGCUACAGAGCUGCUGAGACACUUGCAUGCCCUGAUCUUCAAGGAUGUGAAGCUGAGGGGGUUCUGGGUGACCCAGUGGAAGAGAGACCAUGCACACGACAGACAGAAGGUGCAGGCGAUGAUUUCUGCGCUGUGUCAGCUGUUUCUCCAGGGCAAACUGAGCGCUCCGGCCAGCACAGAGGUCCCGUUCCGGGAUUACCAGACUGCUGUCCAGGACUCCAUGAAGCCCUUUGUGUCCGCCAAGCAGAUCCUGGUCAUGUGACCAGCUGUGAGGUCAAGCUGGGCACCUGAAUGUAGCAUCACUUUCCAUUUUUCAAACUGGCAUUUCAACAAAUGAUUCACAGGUCCUGUUAUCUAAACAUGAUGGAAUACCUUCUGUGAACUCAGUAAAGCUGUUGGAGACUCUGAUAAGGCUUUGGCAUCAUGAACUGAGAAUCCAAACCUACAUUGUCAAAUGCCAAGGCAGGCAGUGAAGACCCAGGCAGGCUACAGCAGUCGGAUUCAGUAUGUUUAGAAAGUCUUUGGACUAUGUUAAGAAAUACUAAAGGAAACUAAAAUUCAGUGCCAAAUGUUUCAACUAGUGUUUAAUAGUGAAUAUAAAAUAUAUCAUUAAACUUCAGAAUGCAGUCAUUUUAUAAAUUGGGAUUUCAUGAAUGCAGUUCAUAGUGUCGUUAUGUAUUUUAUUUUUUAUCACACAAGUAGUCUGGUUUUCGGUGUUGGGAUUUUGACAAGUGUCCAGAGUUGCUGUGAUAAAUCACUGGCGUUUUAGAGGGAUGUAUUUGUUUGAGAUGGGUAUUCUAUUGAAACAUCCUGAAACCUCAAUUAAGCAACAGCUUACAUUUGUUGUAAAUUAGUAAUGUUUCAAUAAACCACCUAAUUUGGUUUAAAAACCAAUCCAUUCUUCUAAGUGUGAUUUAUUUUAGACACUAAAUAAACACAGAAAAUCAGACACCCUACAGAUAUGUGAGACACUUCUUCACACAGAGAGUGGGGAGGGGAUGGAAUGGGUUUCCUGGUCAUGGUGUUGAGGCUGAAUCACUUGGAUCCUUUUUUUAUUGACAAAUUCAUUCAUUAACACGUCACGCGGGACCUAUUUAAAGUUUGAAGUUAAAUGUCAUGAAAGGUCAUGAAAGCAUCAUGUGAUUUCCUUGGAAAUCGGGAAAUACUAAAAAUGAGCAGGGCACUAGG